UUUUGGUCUUAUAGAAAAACUGAAUCACUGAAGGAGAGAAGCCUGAAGUCAUCCUUCAUUUAUAUUCAGCUUGGAUCUGUCUGUCUGUCUCUCUCUCUCUCUCUCCCUCUCCCUCUGUCUCACCCCCCCUCUCUCUCGGACUCAGAUUAUCUCCAUCAUCCUGCCGCUCAGAUGUCCACUCCAGAAGCAGUUACUCCCGGGGCCCCAGAGGGGGAGGGGGGCCCUCCGGCUCCGGCCCCGAACCUCACCAGCAACAGACGACUGCAUCAGACACAAGCACAGGUGGACGAGGUGGUGGACAUCAUGCGUGUGAAUGUGGACAAAGUCCUGGAGAGAGAUCAGAAGCUGUCGGAGCUGGAUGACCGAGCCGACGCCCUUCAGGCCGGAGCCUCGCAGUUUGAGAGCAGCGCCGCCAAACUCAAGAACAAGUACUGGUGGAAAAACUGCAAGAUGAUGAUCAUCAUGGCAGUUGUAGGUGUUAUAUGUUUUGGAGUCAUCUUCUUGUAUUUCUUCUACUGAGCUGCUCUUCAGGGAUGGACACACGAGUCGCAGGACGAGUCUGCACCAAUGCUACCAAGCCAAAAUUGAGCCUCUCCUCAGCACUCCUCCAGCUCUUCACCCUCCUCUUCCUCACAGAUGCCUUCCUCAGAAACCUCCAUGCUUGUUCUGUAAUGUGCUCCAGUGCCUCCUUUUCUUCUCCGCUCCUCGUGGAAAACUUCUCUCAGGCAGGAAUCCUGAGUGGAUGUCAUAGUCUUGCUUUUUUUUUGGGUACCAGAUAGGACGGUUUAAAUUAUAAAUGAAUUAAAGAAAAGUCAAGCAGACUUUUCCCCCUUGUUAUUGCUGUAUUAUCCUGUGUGAAAAAUGAAAGUCAAAACUCUUUUUAAAAAAAAAAAUAGUAUUUAGAAAAUUGGAAAUUGGGCCACAGAAAGUGAGAUUUAAAAGAAAAAAAGACUUUCCGGGCCAAGUUAAAGGAACAGGAAGUGAUCUGUGACCUUUUUAUUGGUUUCCACUGACCACCAGUAUGAACUGCUGGUCUCCAGUAUCUGACAAAGAGCCAUAAUAACCAGAAAGAAUCAAAAUCAUCCAACAGAAGGGUCUACAGGGGAGUUGUUAUGUCAAAUAAGAUUUUAUUUAUUUAUUCAUUCAGUCAUUUUUUGGCUUUAAAACAAAUUUUUCUUACAGAAAAAGUUUUAGAGACACAAAACUAAUGUUGAGUCAGCUGCUCUGUCAUCUCCCAAUCUUUCCUUCUUUUUUAAUUUCUCUUUCGUUUCUUUCUUUUUGAUUUUAUUUUCUCUUUCUUUUUCUUUCUUUCU